UUCGCCUCCGGUCCUGUUUGGCCCACGCCGCGCGCCGUCGCGGGCUCCGUGCGUUGCCAUAGAGACCCAUGAGCGCUGAGGGGCGAGCGGCCCAGGCGCCGGGCUGCCGGGGACCAAGAGCACGAUGUCUUUCCGCGACCUCCGCAAUUUUACAGAGAUGAUGAGAGCCUUGGGAUACCCUCGCCAUAUCUCUAUGGAAAACUUCCGUACACCAAAUUUUGGACUUGUGUCUGAAGUGCUGCUUUGGCUUGUGAAACGAUAUGAACCUCAGACCGACAUCCCUUCCGAUGUUGAGACUGAACAAGACCGAGUUUUCUUCAUUAAGGCAAUUGCCCAGUUUCUGGCCACCAAGGCACAUAUAAAACUCAAUACUAAGAAGCUUUAUCAGGCAGAUGGGUAUGCAGUGAAAGAGCUUUUGAAGAUCACCUCUGUCCUUUAUAAUGCCAUGAAGACCAAAGGGAUGGAGGGCUCUAAGAUAGGAGAGGAGGACAUCAGCAAAUUCAAGUUUGAUCUUGGCUCAAAGAUUGCAGACUUGAAAGCAGCCAGGCAGCUUGCUUCUGAAAUCACCUCCAAAGGAGCAUCUCUGUAUGACCUGCUGGGCAAGGAGGUAGAGUUGAGGGAACUGAGAACAGAAGCAAUUGCCAGACCUCUGGAAAUAAACGAGACUGAAAAAGUGAUGAGAAUUGCAAUAAAAGAUAUUUUGGCGCAGGUGCAGAAGACUAAAGAUAUGCUCAAUAAUGUGGCCUCUGAUGAAGCUAAUUUAGAAGCCAAAAUCGAGAAGAGGAAAUUAGAACUGGAACGAAAUCGGAAGCGGCUUCAGACUCUGCAGAGUGUCAGGCCAGCCUUUAUGGAUGAAUAUGAGAAGAUCGAGGAGGAGUUGCAAAAGCAGUAUGACAUUUAUCUAGAGAAAUUUCGAAAUCUGGCUUAUCUGGAACAGCAGCUCGAGGACCAUCAUAGGAUGGAGCAAGAGAGGUUUGAGGAAGCUGAAAACACUCUGCGCCUGAUGCAGAACAAGCUGAAGGAGGAAGAGAAGCGCCUGCUCCGGAGUGGAAGUAAUGAUGACUCAGACAUUGACAUCCAGGAAGAUGACGAAUCUGACAGUGAAUUGGAGGAGAGGCGGCUGUCCAAGCCACGGCCGGCCAUGGAGGUGCUCAUGCAAGGAAGACCCAGCAAACGCAUCGUGGGCACAAUGCAAGGCGGAGACUCUGAUGACGACAUGGAAGCAGCACCAGCUCUCUUAGGUAAAUGCAAGAAUUCCAGCUCCAAGAAGCAGGAGGACUCCGAGGACAGUGAGAUUGACAUGGAGGGUGAUGAAGAAGACGACGAUUUGGAAGAUGAGAGCAUUGCCCUCUCGCCAGCUAAGCCCAUUCGAAGGGUCCGGAAGCCCGAGCCCCUGGAUGAGAGCGACAAUGACUUCUGACCCUCUUGCCCAAGGGACCAGACUGAUUAAAUCCCUCAGAUCUAUAUAGGUAAAUGGGAAGUUGGAAGGUUAGGAAGGAAACCUAUUUUGUUCACUAAACUAGUUGGACUCAUUAAUGAAGCAACACCUAGUUGUUCUUUAGCCUCCUCUGUGUUAUUCCACAGAGCUUCAAUAAGAACUGAAGUAAGCCCCAAAGAGAAUGUGUUUUUUUGCCUUAUUUAUGUCCUGAAACUUGGGGAAUGCAUGUGUUCUUAGAGAUGCACAUGCACGGGACAAACACCCAAGGAGAAAUAAGGGUCGGCACCAUCAGGUCUUGGCUGUUGUUGUGAUGUAUUUGCCUCUCAGAGUCGGGGGGACGGACGUGGGGCUGGGCACCAGGACUCACUUUAGGAAUUGUGGGGGAGUGUACAAUUUUGGACAUUUACGGUAUAUUGGCUUUUAAUUCUAGCUUUUGUUUCGUUGUCUUAUUUUCUUCUGUAUGUUCACAAUACCAAGCUUGUUCUGAAUGAAAGUUAGCUAAGUCAAAUGAAAACCCACUUUCAUUAAAGAUAAGAUAACAGAGAGAUGCUCCAGAAUAUAAAUGCUCCAUUUUCUCUCAGAAGGUUGACAUUCCUCCUUAGGAAAGCAAAUUAAAGAAGAAAUGUUGGUACACACUUGUGUUUCUGACUCUAAAAAGAUGAACCAGAAUGUAUUAGGUUGAGUAGCACUAGAAUAAUUACCCUGAUGUGAAAUGAGAAGUGACAGGUGGACUUGUUUUGUUUUUCUGAUAUGGAAAGCACAGCAGUUUUCAUUUAUUUUUCACUUAUAAAGUCAGAAGACUUCUGGAGUUACUUGACUCAUAAUAAAUGUAUU